GGGCACAGCGCCACGUGACAAGGCGCGGGCAGUCGAGCGUCGAGAGAGCGAGUCCGCGCUGAGCUGCCGGCCGCACGCCGGGGAGUCGCAGCUAUGGGCCUGGGCGCCAGCGCCGAGCAGCCCGCGGGCGGCGCCGAGGGCUUCCACCUGCACGGGGUGCAGGAGAACUCGCCAGCACAGCAGGCGGGCCUGGAGCCUUACUUCGACUUCAUCAUCACCAUCGGGCACUCACGACUGAACAAGGAGAAUGACACGCUGAAGGCCUUGCUGAAGGCCAACGUGGAGAAGCCGGUGAAGCUGGAGGUGUUCAAUAUGAAGACCAUGAAGGUGCGCGAGGUGGAGGUGGUGCCCAGCAACAUGUGGGGUGGCCAGGGCCUGCUGGGUGCCAGCGUGCGCUUCUGCAGCUUCCGCAGGGCCAGCGAGCACGUGUGGCACGUGCUGGAUGUGGAACCAUCUUCACCAGCUGCCCUGGCCGGCCUGUGCCCCUACACAGACUACGUGGUGGGCUCAGACCAGAUCCUGCAGGAGUCUGAAGAUUUCUUUUCGCUCAUCGAGUCCCAUGAGGGGAAGCCCUUGAAGCUGAUGGUGUAUAACUCCGAGUCUGACUCCUGCCGGGAGGUGACAGUAACUCCCAACGCAGCCUGGGGUGGAGAGGGCAGUCUGGGCUGUGGUGUUGGCUAUGGGUAUCUACAUCGGAUCCCAACCCAGCCCCCUAGUCACCACAAGAAGCCACCUGGUGCCCUGCCAGCCGAUGCCCCACCGCCUGGUGCUCCACCAUCUCUACCUGAUGUCCCCUCACCGGCACCCACCCCCCAGGACUCUCCUGGCCGAGAGACUGCUUCCAGGCAGAGUGACUACAUGGAGGCCCUACUACAGGUACCUGGUUCCUUCAUGGAAGGACAGCUCCCCGGGGCUGAGAGUUCCAGCCACAGCGCUCCAGACUUCGGGGGACUUCCAUGUUCCCUGGAGAGUCUUCAGCCUCCACCUCCCGUGCAGCGAGUCAUGGAUCCAGGCUUCCUAGAUGUGUCUGGCCUUUCCCUCCUGGACAGUGGCAAUGCCAGUGUGUGGCCAAGCCUGCCUUCUUCCACAGUGGUCUCAGCCUCAGGGCCAGAGGACAUCGGCUCCAGCAGCAGUUCUCAUGAGCGAGGUGGGGAAGCCACUUGGUCUGGGUCAGAGUUUGAAGUCUCGUUCCUGGACAGCCCUGGAUCCCAAGCUCAGCCAGACCACCUGCCUCAGUUAACUCUUCCUGACAGCCUCAACGCUGCAGCGUCACCAGAAGACGGGCUGUCUGCGGAGCUGCUGGAAGCUCAGACUGAGGAGGAGCCUGCAAGCAUUGACAACUCUGAUGUCAGGGCAGAGGCCGAUGGGUUGGCCAGCCAGGCCGAGGUCUCUACCCCAGGAUUACACUCUGGGCUGUGACAAGGUGCCUGAGGUUAUUUUACCAGCUGUGUGCCCGGUCCUAGCCCUGUGUCCAGCUUCUGGGGCUGCAGCGCCAUGCAACAUGCAGGGAUCACAUGGCACUGCAGCCCAUGGGGCUCUGGCAGGGACUCUGGUGUCUGCUCAGAGCUUGCUUCUAGCCUCCAUGAGAUGACCCUAGGGUGUUCGUCCUGCCUGCUGGGCCUGGGUUGGACGGCUUCAAAGGGGACUUCGGUGUUGGAGGGCUGGGAGAAGCACUCAGCUUGAGUAUUUCCCAAGAGCUGGGCUAGGGGAGGCACAGGCAACCUCACUGGGUAGUGACAGGAGGCCAUGCACCUUAGAACCAGCAGCCAUCAUGUCAUGGGCUCCCCAGGAGGCAGCAGGCCCAGUCUCGACCUGUGUGAAGAUGGGGUGAGUGAGGAAGGGGAAGAGUCCAUGGCUUUGUAGGGCUGGUCUUGACCUUUCCUGUACAGCUCACGGUCCCAUCUACUGGGAGGAGCCCCAAGCUCCAAGACUCCCCCGCUCCUGUCCUAAUCACUGAUUCCUUUGUCACUGGCCUUGUCCUUAGGCUGAUGCCAGUCAGCACCGAAGAGGCUGCCCUUGCCCACUUCUGCCCCUCAGCAGAGGAGCCUCAUGAUGGGCUCUUCUUCCCCUGGCCUCUGAGCACACAUCUAGUGUCCCCCGUGGUGACUCCUGCCAGCUCCCAAACAUAAACAGCUAUUGCCUCUGAAUGUACAAAGCACCUUGGCAACCACAAUGAUGAAAAGCUACAGCUUUAAGUUCACCAUCCUGAGUAACACUCAAGGCCAGCUCACCACCUGACUAGGCUUCUUUACAGAGCCCCAACCCCAGGAGCAAAGUGGGGGCCCAGACAAGAGUAGAUAAGUGUCCUGCUGUCCUUUUCUGUAGUACCAGGGAAGCUGCUCCCCAAACCCCAAGUGCCUUUGGAUGGCCCCUCACCAACUGAAGUCCUCUGCUGUUGACUGCAGUCCCCACCCUCCCAGUCACUGCCCUUUGCUAGUUACCAGGAACGCUGCCUCUGGCCUUGUCUUCUAACAUCUGCCUUGCUGAGUUCUCACUUGUACGGGCACCAUUUGUAACACACACACACACACACACACACACCCUGAACUGUGGGGCACCAAGGCCCCAAAUUAGCAAACAUUAAGUUCUAAGCACCGUGACUGCUUUUAAAGCCAGCCCUUGUCAGGCCUACCACAGCAGCUGGUGGGUGCAAAACAGUGAGGGCUGUGUGCUGGGUUGUCCAGGAGCCCAGUGUGGGUCUGCAGGAAUGCCGGGAGCAGAACGGAGUCACCACAGGCCUGUGCAGGGCCCUGCGGCCUGUGGGCUGGCCCACGGUGACCCUCUCUGGCAGGUUCUGGCUCUUGCCCUCACUGCUUUUACUCCUUCCUUACCACUGGGGUAGCGUGGUUAUCCAUGCUGACUACCCCAGGGUGAACAUGUGAUCCACUAUGAACGAAAAUGGCAAGUAAAAACAAGUUUACUACA